AUGAACGGCGCUGGCAUCGCGGCUGAGAUCCCCCUCGUUCGAUAUAUCGCCCCUCUCGUACCAUACAAGACCUUCCGCGAUAUGUUCAACACCCGUGAAUAUCUGAUGCAGUACAGUCGACGCGCUGUGACGAACAGCCGUAAGAACAGCGAAUCUGCCCAUAAUAUCUUCUCCGGCCUAGUACACGAGUCAGCGCGGGAUCAGUCACUGAGCGAUGAAGAAGUUGCCAUCGAAGCAGGUAACCUGAUUAUGGCCGGCUCCGAUACAACGGCCGUGACACUGACGUAUCUAAUUUGGGCGGUAAUGUGUCGCCCGACACUACACGCACAGUUGGAGAACGAACUCGCUAGCCUCAGUAACAACUACCAGGAGACAGAUCUCGAAUUGUUACCCUCUCUUAAUGCCACCAUAACCGAAACUUUGCGACUGUACGGCGCAGCGCCUGGCUCGCUCCCGCGAUCUGUCCCAGAGGGCGGCGUGAAGCUCUCUGGCUACUAUAUCCCUGCCGGCAUAACCGUCUCGACGCAGAGCUAUUCUAUUCACCGAAAUGAGACCCUCUUCCCAGAACCCGAGAAUUUUAAUCCUUCACGAUGGAUCCCUGGCAAUGAGAGAGUGUCAGAUGAAGCCAAGGCGGCUCUAUCUCCCUUUGGUGCUGGAUCACGCAUUUGCCUGGGUAUCCAUCUCUCAUGGAUGGAGCUACGGCUAGCGACAGCCGAGUUCUUCCGUCGAUGUGGAAAUGUGCGGCUGGCACCAGGUUCCACAGAAGAAAGUAUGUGGCCAGAGCAUUAUUUUCUGAUUGUGCCAUCGGGGCAUAAAUGCGAAGUUGUGGUAGACUCGUGA